AUGGCAGCCACACCGGCCUUGCCCACAACAUAUAAUUAUCCCCACGAGGACUACGAAGAGGCAUCCACCACCACCACCGCCGACUGCAGCUGUCUCCGGCGCUUCCGCUUCGGACUGUACGCGAAGGAGGAAACCAAUAGCUACCUUCUGCAUGAGGAGGAAGGAGGGGUGGCGGCGCCCCUGACAAAGGGCGCAUGGCUUUUCGUAAACCUCAAGAAACUUUGGGAUUUCUCGGAGCUUGUGGCGGGGCCUAAAUGGAAAAAAAUUGUCAGAAAAAUCGGUAAGAUUAAUAUUAAUUAUAAGACCACCGCGCGGUUUCAGUAUUCGCCGGAGAGUUAUGCCCUCAACUUCGCCGGCGGCAGCGACCGGCCGGAAGAUGAUGACGAUUUGUUGCACAGUUUCUCCACGAGGUUUGCCCCUGCGGGUUUUUCCAUAAGUACUGAUCAGCAAAAGGAGAGCUGCGCUAAGUGA